AUGGCGAGUAUAUUUCGAAGUGAAGAAAUGACAUUAUGUCAAUUAUUUUUACAACCUGAUGCUGCUUAUUCAUGUAUUGCAGAAUUAGGUGAAUUAGGAAUAGUUCAAUUUCGUGAUUUAAAUCCAAAUGUUAAUUCAUUUCAACGAAAAUUUGUUAAUGAAGUUCGACGAUGUGAAGAAAUGGAACGAAAACUUCGUUUUCUUGAAAGUGAAAUAAAAAAAGAUGAAUUAACAUUAUAUGAACCAGAUGAAAAUCCUGAUGCACCUAAACCUCGAGAAAUGAUCGAUCUUGAAGCAAUUAUUGAUAAACUUGAUCAUGAAUUAAAAGAAAUAAAUACAAAUGCUGAUGCACUUUUGAAAAAUUUUAAUGAAUUAACUGAAUUAAAACAUAAUUUAGCAAUGACACAAACUUUUUUUCAAGAUACACAACAAGUUCGACUUGAUCUAUCAGAAAAUCUUGCUGAACAAAAAGCCGAAAUUGAUGAUCAAUAUGCAACAACGAUCAAUGUUGGAAUGAAACUUGGAUUUGUAAGUGGAGUUAUAUCACGUGAACGAAUUCUUGCAUUUGAAAGAAUGUUAUGGAGAGUUUGUCGUGGAAAUGUUUUUUUAAAACAAGCUGAUAUACCAGAUCUUAUUCAAGAUCCUAUAACGGGUGAAAAACUUGCUAAAACAGUAUUUGUUGUUUUCUUUCAAGGUGAACAAUUAAAAACUCGUGUACAAAAAAUUUGUGAAGGUUUUCGUGCAAAUAUUUAUCCAUGUCCCGAAAAUGCCAAUGAACGUCGAGAAUUAGCAAUGGGUGUAAUGACACGUUUAGAAGAUUUAAAUGUUGUUCUUCGUCAAACACAUGAUCAUCGUCAAAGAGUUUUAUUAGAAACAUCAAAAGCAAUUCGAACAUGGUUAAUUAAAGUUAGAAAAAUCAAAGCUAUUUAUCAUACAAUGAAUAUGUUUAAUAAUGAUGUUGCAAGAAAAUGUUUUAUUGCUGAAUGUUGGACACCAAAUUCACAAUUAGAUACACUUCAAUUAGCAUUAAGAAAAGGAUCAGAAUUAAGUGGUGCUGGUUCAAUAUCAUCUGUAUUAAAUAGAAUUGAAACAAAUGAACAACCACCAACACAUCAUAAAUUAAAUAAAUUUACACAAGGUUUUCAAAAUUUAGUUGAUGCAUAUGGUGUUGCAACAUAUAGAGAAAUAAAUCCAAUGCCAUUUGUAUUAAUAACAUUUCCAUUUUUAUUUGCUGUUAUGUUUGGUGAUGCUGGUCAUGGUUUAAUUGUAUCAAUAUUUGCUAUUUGGAUGGUUUUAAAAGAAAAAACACUUAAAACAAAAUGGAGAACACAAGAAGUUUGGACAAUAUUUUUUGGUGGAAGAUAUAUUAUAUUAUUAAUGGGAUUAUUUUCAAUAUAUACAGGACUUAUUUAUAAUGAUGUUUUUUCAAAAUCUUUUAAUAUAUUUGGUUCAUCAUGGAGAGUUAAAUUUGAUGAUAAAACAUUAAUUAAAAGUGAGUCUGUUACCUUAGAACCAAAUCCAACUCUAUAUAAUUCAACAACACCCGAUCAAUUUCAACAAAUGUAUUCUAGUAAUCCAUAUUUAUUGGGUAUUGAUCCGAUUUGGCAAUUAGCUGAUAAUAAAAUAACAUUUACAAAUUCUGCAAAAAUGAAAUUUGCAAUUAUUAUUGGAAUAAUUCAAAUGGGUUUUGGUGUUUUUCUUAGUUUAUGGAAUCAUUUUCAUUUUAAACAUUAUCAUGGAAUAUUUGUUGAAUUUCUUCCUCAAAUAAUAUUUUUAUCUUCGAUUUUUUUUUAUUUAAUUAUAUUAAUAUUUUAUAAAUGGACAAACUAUCAAGGAAAAGAUGGAGGAGAUGCUCCAUCACUACUCAUUCAUUUAAUAAAUAUGAUGUUACUAUCUUAUCCUGACAAUCCACCUAGUUCAAGAUUAAUAUAUAAAGGUCAAAAGACAGUUCAAACAGCAUUAUUAGCUGUAGCUGUUAUUUGUAUACCAUGGAUGCUUUUAGCUAAACCAAUAUAUACUAUUAUUAAAAGAAGAAAACGAAAUAAUCAAAAGCAUUUGACAGUAACAAAUCGUUUAGCAAGUAAUGAUAUUGAAAUGAAUGAUCAUCAUCCAAAUCAAGAGAGUGGCGUCGUGCUGGACGUCAAUACACAAAAUGCCAAGACUAAGAAUAUUGUUGACGAUGAACAUCUCCAUGAUCAAGAUCAUAAUGUGGAGAUUGAUAUGAGUGAAGUAUGGGUUGAACAAGGUAUUCAUACAAUUGAAUAUUUUCUUGGUUGUAUAUCACAUACAGCUUCUUAUUUACGUCUUUGGGCAUUAUCAUUAGCUCAUGCACAAUUAAGUGAAGUAUUAUGGCAUAUGGUAUUUCAUAUUGGAUUAUCAAUGAAUGGUUAUAUUGGUGGAAUAGCAUCAUUUAUAGUAUUUAUGCCAUGGUCAUCAUUAACUAUAUUUAUAUUACUUUUAAUGGAAGGACUUUCAGCUUUUCUUCAUGCACUUCGUCUUCAUUGGGUUGAAUUUCAAUCAAAAUUUUAUAAAGGUGAAGGUUAUCCAUUUGUUCCAUUUUCAUUCAAAAUAAUUCUUGAAGAAAUUCCACCAGAUACUUAA